UCGGUGCGGUGUCCGGUGAAGAUUAGCCAUUAGCUUGUCUUCUGGAGAAAGAACCUCUCACUGAAGCUGUCUCCAUCUCUUUCUGCCACGUCAACCCGGCUCGCUCACGUGUAGAGCAGAACCUUCAGGAUGUCCUGUCAUGUCUGCCAGCACCUCCUCCUCCUCCUCCUCCUCCUGGGGGUCGGGGUCUCUGCGGUGGAAGUGCUUCGCCCUCGGGGGGUCCCUCUGCAAAAUCGGCACUUCUAUGAAGAGGGCAAACCGUUCACUUGCCUGGACGGCUCCCGCACUAUUCCCUUCGACCGAGUGAACGAUGACUACUGUGACUGCCGGGACGGAUCCGAUGAGCCAGGCACUGCUGCUUGUCCCAACGGCAACUUCCACUGCACCAACGCAGGUUUCAAACCAGCCUUCAUCCCCUCGUCCCGCAUUAACGACGGCAUCUGUGACUGCUGUGACACAACAGACGAGUACAACAGCGGCACUACCUGUCAGAACACCUGCAGGGAGAUGGGUCGCAAAGAGAGGGAGAGCAUGCACAAGAUGGCAGAGAUCGCUAAGGAGGGUUUUCUGCUUAAAAAACAACUAAUCCAAGAGGCCAAGAGGGGCAUAGAGGAUAAGAAGGCCAAACUUGUUGACGUUGAGGCCAGUAAGAAGGAUCUGGAAGAGAAGGUUGAGGCUAUGAGAACUGUGAAGGAGGCUGCAGAGGAGCCAGAGAAAGUAGCUAAAGAGCGCCAUCUGAAGGCCUGGGAAGAUCAAAAAGCUCUCAUUCGCAUGGAGAAGGACAAAGCACGAGUAGUUGCUGUAUUUCUUGAGCUGGAUGAUGAUGCUGAUGGCUUCAUUUCAGUGACUGAGCUUCUUUCCCAUCCUGAGCUCAAUCCAGAUUCAGACGACUCCUUCACCGAAGAAGAGGCUCAGGAAUUAUUUGGAGGAGUGGACCAAGUGGACCCAGUAGGAUUUGAGGCUGUUUGGAAUACCAUCAAAGAAAAAUACAUAUCAGAGGCCUCCACAGACACACCGGCGCCAGUGGAGAGUCCACAGGAGGAGACGAGGGAGCCAGACAUCGACCCUGAGCAGUACCCUGAGGACGACGGCCCAGAGGAUGACGAGGAGGAGGACGAAGAAGACGACGAUGACGACACAGAUGAUUCAGACUAUAAGGCCCCUCCCACAGAGGCGACUCCAGAGAAGAAGGAAGACGACGCUGAGGGCACGAUGCCAGCACACGACCAAGAAACGCAAAACCUUAUUGAUGCUGCUCAGAGAGCCAGGGAUGACUUUGAUGAGGCUGAGAGAGCUCUCCGGGAAGUGGAUGAUCAGAUCAAAAACAUUGAGAAGGAAAUUUCCUUUGACUUUGGACCCGAUGCUGAAUUUGCCCAUCUCUACAACCAGUGUUAUGAGUUGUCUACUAGCGAGUACAUCUACAGGCUCUGUCCGUUCAACAGAGUGUCCCAGAAGCCAAAGUAUGGUGGAUCUGAAACCAACCUUGGAACGUGGGGAAAAUGGGCAGGACCUGAAGAUAACAUAUAUUCUAUGAUGAAAUAUGAACAAGGAACAGGAUGCUGGCAAGGCCCCAACAGGUCCACCACGGUUAAAUUAACAUGUGGAACGGAGACAGUUGUGACUUCUACCUCAGAACCCAGUCGCUGUGAGUACCUGAUGGAGUUCUUCAGCCCUGCCAUCUGCAAAGAGCCUCCAAGCCUGGAACCAGGGCUGCCUGGGCAUGAAGAGCUCUAGGUCCUUUUAAAUAUGUUGUUCCUGAGGGACCACACCUUGCUGUGAGCGGCACCACCUUGUUGUUGGUUAACAGUUCAGAACAAAUGAUGGAAAUUCCACGUAGUCAUCUACACUUCCAACCUCCACUACAUGUGUUUUAGAUUUUCCAAGUUGUGUCAAAUGUGGUGUCAUUCCAUUGUUUUGAAAUGAACUGCUUUUAUAAAAUUACAAACAACUUUGUCCAUUUGUAAUUCAUCAGAGCCUAUAGUUAUUGUGUUGUGUUAGUGGUGGCUUCCAAGUAUGGUAUAUACAGUUUUAAAUAGUACUGGUAGUAGUAAUUAAAUACACUUCCAAAGCUGGUAAAUAAAAUGUUGGAAAGAAGCUUUGUUUAGAAGCAGUUACCUCUUCCUCUGUUCCUUCUUUCUUACACCCAAAACAUUAAGUACACCACUUUGUCUGCAUUCAUUAAAAUAAUAUAAAAUAUGUACCCACUUAUCAAAAGACAUGCUACAUAACUAGCUGACAUGCAUGACACAGAAACAUGUCAAAUAUGUAGUUUGUAUGUGUGGAGCGUAGCAAGACGAUUGCCCAAACGCCAGCCCGAAUAAACGUGUACACAUAAUGGUUCAAAUGUAUUUUGUUUUUUCACAGUCAAUAAAAAAUCCAGUCAUUCAUAUUUGUAACUUUUAUUUUUUUCUGGCAUGUAAAGUACAAAUAAUUAAACAAUUCCAUGAAAAAGUC